CGGAUGUUUCCCCAAAGUUCCGGUCCACCGGAAACACGGCUCAUCCGCGGCGGUGGAUUAUGUGUGUUGUGUUUCUCUAGUGAUAGAAAAACAGCGAGAUGAGCUCGUUACAGGCGCAGAUCUCCGCGAUCAUGGAGGUGCUGGCGAAGGCGGCGGUGGCGGAGAUCAGUCAGCUGCUGGAGGAAGACGCUGCUGCUCUUCAUCAGGAGAUCCGGAGGAAGAACGAGGAGAUCCGGGGACUGAAGAACCGCCUGCUGCUCACCGAGACCAGACUUCAGAGAGCCACCGCAGACAGAUGCUCCAUCGGUGUACAGGUGCAGCUCACGGACACCAGAGUAUCGGCUCCUUCGGUCGAUCUCAGUCAGGAGACGGGUCUCGUCACAGAGGAGAAGCCUCAUUACUCCCACACGCUGGAGCUGAAGCGGGAAGAUCCCGUCACGUGCUCAGCAGAGCCGGAGGAAGAGGAGCUCAGCGGCCUGGAGUUUGAGAUGAAGAUCGAGCAGGUGGAGGAGAGCCAAAACCACCGCGACGAUGGAAACGCUCAUCCGUGGGGUUCGAAAGCGCUUGGCGAUCCGGAGAUCCGUCUGAGAGGGUCGGAGCAGCAUUCCCAGACUUUCCCAGAUCCGUAUGUGAUGCUGGAGGAACCCACGGCUCCGUCUUCCUCCGCUCUGUUCGCAUACUCUCACCAGAACGAGAGCUUCGGCGCUUCUGGAGACGUCGAGUACGGAUUGGAUCCUCAUUCGAGCUCGUGUCUGGCCAAAACUCUCUCGCAGCGUCCGUACCAGGAAAGCCAUCCGCAGCCCAAACCGUUCCGCUGCGAGGAGUGCGGGAAGGGCUUCACACAGCGGACGCGUCUGAUCACACACAGACGAAUUCACACGGGCGAGAAACCCUUCCGCUGUCAGCUGUGCGGGAAAACCUUCUCCAGACAGGACAACUGUCUCCGACACAUGCGUCUGCACAGCGGACAGAGAUGAGGAACGCCGCUCCGAAUGCUUUUAUCGUGUCUCAGAGUGAGGUUUCUUCAUGUUGUAGCUGUCCUGUAAAUGUAUCUUGCAUUUCUGCAUUACGGCCUGUUUGACACGUUCAUUAAUAAAGCAAUAAUCCCCAAGAAGCCGUGGUUUACAGUGAAUUUAUAACAGCUAAGAGACGUUGUUAGGUACGAUGUAAUAGCAGCUGUUAUAAAUUCACUGUAAACCACGGCUUCACGGGGCUUAUAGAUUUUAUAAAACGGUUAUUCCAUAUACGUAGUAAGGUUUCACAAAAUAAAACGGCGCAAAU